AUGAGAAUAACAUUCCCAAACCCAUUAGGUCCACCAAUAACGUUUGACACUACUUCUCUUCCACCUUUACCUCAAUUCCGUAAACCUAAUACCACUUCACCAUUAUCUUCACUCCGUAGACCUCAAACACGAUUGUUAUUAUUCGGACUCGUGUUAUUCAUCGUGAUCGUCAUCAGACCAUCACCACCUUUUCCACCUUCAUUCGGGGAAGAAUGGAAGGUUGAAAGUGGGGCUGCUUUAGGGGAUUCUGAAGGUAGAUUGGGGAGGUAUGUUAAAUUUGACGUUCCACAAGGGACUGGAUUCAAUCAUCAGUUGCAAAGAGUUUUAUUACAACAUCAUCUAGCUUUACUUGGUAAUCGUUCAUUGGCUUUUGAACCUUUCGUAGAGGACAAGACGAACUUACCUUUUGAUAUCUUUCGUUGGCCUUGGAGAUCAGCACGUAUCCCACUUUCUGCUUAUAUAGCUGGUGUGAUAUCUGGUUUUGAAAAGUUUUAUAAUAGUCCCAGGGCUGUUCCAGCUAGCUAUUAUAGACAAUAUUGCUCUUCAUGGCGAGAACACGUUUACACCCUCAGGACUGAUUCUCAUCCGAAUGGCGAUUUGACUCUCGUACCUAAUGGACAAGAUAGGAUACAUCAAAUACAAGUUUUAUUAGCUGGAAGCGAUGAAUCGUGUAUACGUAUACGCGGGGAGGUAUUUGAUGAUGCCUUCUUCGACUCUUCAGCUCCUCUAGAGUUAUACGAUUCUUUCGUCAGAUCACCCGUAAUGAAACAUUUCACUUUCUCCCCCACCGUCCUUGGUAUACUCAAUCGAGCCAUGCCGGAACUCGCCACGGAUCAUACACCUUACGACCUGGAUUUGAUAGCCCAUCCUACGUCAGAUGUGAUGGAAAGAACAAGUUCUUGGAAACAUGUGUUGGCUUUACAUCUUCGUAAAGGGAAAGAAUGGGAACAUACUUGUGUUCAAAAAGGGGAGACAUCUGCUCCAUUCGUAUCAUUCAACAAAUUACCUCGUUUACCAGGUAACGAAAACGUUCCACCUCCAUCCAGUAUGGUAGAAGCCACUCGAAUGGGAUUAUAUCGCGCUAAAUGUCUUCCUGAGGUAUUAGACAUUAUCGGUAGAGCUAGAAGAAUGAGGAAGAAUCAUCCAUUGCUAAGAGUGGUUUAUAUCUUGAGUGAUGGUGAAGAUGAAUGGGCAGAAGAAGUAAGGAUGUGGUUGGCUUCUGAAGGUUGGGAUAAAGUUUGGAUUGGGAAAUUAGAUGUUUAUCCUAGUCGGAAAGAAAGAGAAGUUGGGGUGGCGGUGGAUAUGGAAAUCGCUAGGAGAGCGGGUGUCUUUGUUGGUAAUGGGUUUUCAACCACAUCAAGCAACAUCGUCCUUCUUCGUCAAAGAGACGGUAUACAUCCUGAUCUAACUCAAUUUUGGUGA